GUCUUACUUCUUUGUUGUUUCAGACACUUCCUACAAAAACAUGCUUGCUAGCCGUCUUCUUAGCACUGUUGCCCGCCGCACGUUCAUGACUGCCGCCGCCGCGCCGUCUGUGGCUGCAGGCGCUCACGGUGCCGCCGAAGCUGCUGCCGCUGUCGCUUCGGGCGUUUCGUUCAACCUCACUCCCGAGCAGCUCGAGUUCCAGGACGUUGCGCGCAAGUUUGCCGCCAACGAGAUCAUCCCUAAGGCCGAGUACCACGAUCGCACGGGCGAGUACCCCCACGAAAUCAUCAAGAAGGCCUGGGAGAACGGCUUGCUCAACCUCUACAUCCCCAAGCAGUACGACGGCCUCGGCCUCGGCAGCAUGGACGGCGUCCUCAUCUGCGAGGAGCUUGCGUUCGGCUGCACUGGCAUGUCCACCGCCCUUGAGGCCAACGCGCUUGCCGAGGCGCCCGUCAUCCUCGGUGCCAGCGAGGUGCUCAAGAAGAAGUACCUUGGCCGCAUGACUGAGGCACCCCUGCUGGCUGCCUACUGCGUGACCGAGCCCGGCGCCGGCUCCGACGUCGCUGGCCUCAAGACCACCGCGGUCAAGAAGGGCGACGAGUACAUUAUCAACGGCUCCAAGAUGUGGAUUACUGGCGGUGGCGUUGCCAACUGGUACUUUGUCCUGGCUCGCACUGGCGACGCCAACACUCCCACUGGCCGUGCCUUCACUGGUUUCAUUGUCGAGUCGGACACGCCCGGAAUCACCAAGGGCAAGAAGGAGGACAACAUGGGCCAGCGUUGCAGCGACACCCGUGGCAUUACCUUUGAGGACGUGCGCGUGCCUGCCUCCAACGUUGUUGGCGUUGAGGGCGGCGGUUUCAAGCUCGCCAUGGGCGCUUUCGACCACACUCGCCCGUCUGUUGCUGCUGGUGCUCUUGGUCUGGCCCGCCGUGCUCUCCACGAGGCCGUUCUGUACGCUCUUCAGCGCAAGACCUUCGGCAAGCCCAUCGCCGAGCACCAGUCUGUCUCGAACAUUAUUGCCGACAUGGCUGUCGGCGUCGAGACCUCCCGUCUUGCCGUCUGGCGCGCUGCCACCGAGCUCGACGCUGGCAACCGCAACACCUACUACGCCUCGAUUGCCAAGUGCCUUGCUGGCGACACUGCCGUCAAGAACGCCAGCGAUGCCAUCCAGGUCUACGGCGGUCUGGGCUUCAACAGCGGCUCUGUUGUCUCCAAGCUUUACCGCGAUGCCAAGAUUUUCCAACUGUACGAAGGCACCCAACAAAUCCAGCGACUCAUCAUUGCUCGCGAGCUCUUCGCCAAGUACCAGGCGGCUGCCAAGUAAAUCUCGUUUGUUUCGUUGUUCUGCUAAUCCAUAUAAAUCCACUCAAAAGCAACCCCGCAAAGAUUUGUUCAUCACUGCAACAAAGCGAAAUUGAGGUUUUCAACUGAUUGCAAAGAUAAACAAACACAACAGGCAGUGUAUUAGUC